UGUUUUGCCCCUAUAUCCGAUGAUGGCAUUUGUUAAUUUUUUAAAUUCUUUUGAGCGGAUCCGUUUUAGCGUGGCCCCUCUGUAGUAAUUAAUUUUUAAAAUGACAUAUUAUACCAUGUGUAUAUUCAAUUUCUAAAUUAAUUUUCUAGUAAUUAUGUGAGGUUAAGUCAUGAUGACGUUUUUCCUUUCUUUUGUGAAUUCCGUCCGCCUCUGUUAUGGCAUUUGUGUUAGGUCGGAUGUUUCACGGCCAUGUUUCGCUACGGACAUAAAUAAGAAACGUACUCGUGCACUUCCUGUUUUGUUUUUCUUUCGCUCCGUGCUCGGGUCGGGCAGAGAUGGAAGAAUUCGCGAGGCGAGGAGAAAACCACAGCCUUCCCGUGAAGAAACGCGCCCUCCUCAGACACCGGCGGACUUUAUAAAGCACACAGAAGCAGCGGGCAGCAGUCACACCCGCCGCGGGGCUUCAGACACCCUCAAACCCGCCUCUGGUGUCCGCGAACAUGGCACUCAGCUCGGGCGGCUGGGCUCCUCCAGCCCCGGCUCCUGCCUCGUCCCAGCAGGCUGCUGUAUGCGGCGGGCCUGCGCCAACGGUUUGCUGCAGUACCGUUUUAAUGUCAGUCCGGGUCUCGGUGUGCCAUUCCGGGAUCCGGCCCCUGUGCCUCCCCGGAGCAGGCAGCGAGACCCUGCGCCUUCAACUCAGCAUGGACCCGAGCCGGGCCGGAGAGUUCAGGCUGGCGCUGCGAGACAUGAGCGGAAACCGCAGUGUGUUCAUUGCAGAGUUUGAUCUGCGCUCGGUGCAUUAUGAGGUCAAGUCUCCUCGCUGCCACGAGAUGCGUCUUGCUGCUCCGCCCCACGACUGCAUUCGCUUCAACUUCCGCUGCGACCGAGAGGCCGAGGAGUGGGCCACCGUGGUGAUGUCGUCACUAAGAGAGGCACAUAGAGUUGCAAAUAUUAACACGUAUGAAUCAGAUGGCAGACAGAACCACGCAGCAGCAGCUAUGGAACAGUGGAGCUCAGCCUCGCUGCCGCUCACCGAGGAGCUGUGUUUGGAACUCGCCAGGGCCAUUGAAGCAGGCGACACUCAGGCCGCUUCCCAGCAUGCAUCCGCUCUGGCUCGACAAAAAGCGGUGCUGACAAUUCAACUGUCUGAAAAGAACUACGCCGACGGAGAGAUCAGUUUAUCUGUGGUGGUGGAGGAUGUUUCGUCAUCCUGUUGCGUCACGGUGAAAGUGUUUCCCUACAUGACCGUGGCUGCACUCAAGCAACAGGUGUUUCACGAGCACGGUUUCCAUCCCCGCGUGCAGCGCUGGGUGAUCGGUCAGUGUCUGUGCACUGAGCCGAGAUCGUUGGCGUCCUACGGGGUGCAGAAGGACGGCGACACGGCAUACCUCUACUUGAUCUCUGCCCGACAGGCCCGCAUUACCCGCCAGCUGUUCCAGCAGGACCUGGAGAGCGCCCUCCUCGCCCCGCCUCUCCCCCCAGGCAACGGACCCACCUCCCAAGAUUGGAGGGGUUACAGCACCCUGCCCUCAAGGCUACCCCACAACAACCAGGGGAGCACAGGCGGAGGAAGCGAAAGACCAGCUGAUAUCAAAGACGUCCUCGACAUAGAGAAUCUACAACUGAAUGAUCACAACAACAAAGCCAGUAAAACACAGACAGAGUGGGCUUGUCCCUCGUGCACUUUCAUCAACAAGCCAUCUCGUCCAGGCUGCGAAAUCUGCGCCACAGCCAGACCCGACGCACACAUCCAGCAGGAGAAAGGAAGGAGAGAGGACCGGGGAGAGUCUGGUUUAAGCAGCAGCUGACUGCCCAUCCUCACAGUCUGGCUGCAAUUUCUCAUUCACACACACACACACACACACACACACAGAGUGAGGAUGCUACAUCUGCCACAUACAUGUUGACAAAAUACUCACAUCAAGACUGUCAAGUGCACUGAGGGUUCUCUGACAGCAGGCUGGCUGCUGAAGACUAGGCCGUUUGAAGCAACUGUAGCAUGACGCAGCGGCUCAGAUGACGGUCGAGGCUCAGGCGACGAACUGCAGUGUCAGAUUUGACCGGUUUAUAUUGACACGACAUGACCAUGACAUACAUCUGAAUUUGGCCAGACCUUUCUUAUUUAUUUUACACGGUGGGUGGGGGUGUGUGGUGCAAACAACACAGACGGCCUAAUAUUUAUUUUAGGGGAGAGAGAAGUGAUGCAAGUUCUUUGCAUUCAGUUGCAGCCGAAGUCGGGGGAAUGUUGUACUUUCAGUUUCUGCCAACUGUGAAGUGAGAGGAAAGUUGAAGCCUUGUGCAAUACCCUGUUCUGUUCAAGUAUGUCAUCUGUUGGUGCCAAAGUAAGUUAGGAAAUGUAAAAAAAAAAAAAAGAAAGCCAUGGAGAAUGAACAGGAAUGUCGUGUUUACAGGGUUGUCAAGUGCUUUUAUUUUUUUAUAACAUUGUAUUAAGUGUAUUAUUUUUAACAAGACGCAUUGACUGAUUGAUGUACAUUUUAGCAGUUGAUCUAAUUUUACUCGAUCCCCUCUGAGCUGUGACGGCAAUGGAAUGAUCUGUUUUCAGUUCAUAAUACUGCAAAAAUUUGCAUUAGCUGAAUAAACAUAAUGGAACUGAACAAA